AUGUCUAGCAACCAUGAAAUUGAUACCAUAUUGAGCACUCUUCGCAUGGAAGCAGAUCCUUCUUUCCAUCCCCUGUUUGAAGAGUUUGAAAAGUUUUAUGAGGACAAAUUAUGGUUUCAAUUGUCAGAAUCCCUUACCAAAUUCUUCGACGAUGCCAAAUCCACACCAUUAAGACUUAGAUUGUAUGAUAACUUUGUCUUUAAAUUUUAUGAUAAAAUCAAUCAGUUGUCCGUUGUAAAAUUCUUGCUGGCUUCUUUGAAAGAUUCUAAAGACUUCGAUGAAUCUUUGAAGUAUUUGGAUGAUCUGAAGGCGCAGUUUCAAGAAUUGGACUGUAAAAAGCAGAGAAAUGAUGGUUCAAAGGAUCAUAAGGAUGGUAUAUUGUUGAUAGAGAUCGAAACAGCCAGGACUUAUCUGUUAAAGAAUGAUUUAGUUAAGGCAAGGGAUUUAUUAGAUGAUUUGGAGAAGACAUUGGAUAGAAAGGAUUCUCUACCACUAAGAAUAACAAACAGCUUCUAUUCUACGAAUUCUCAGUAUUUCAAAUCUAAAAAUGAUUUUAACUCCUUUUAUUACACAAGUCUAUUAUAUCUUUCGACAUUAGAACCAUCUACAAGCAUCACUUUAGCUGAACGCCAACAAUUAGCUUAUGAUUUGAGCAUCUCAGCACUAUUAGGUGACAGGAUUUAUAAUUUUGGUGAAUUGUUACAUCAUCCAAUAAUGGACACCAUAGUCGAUGAUUCCAAUUACGAUUGGUUGUUCCAAUUAUUGAACGCAUUAACCGUUGGCGACUUUGAUAAAUUUGACUCGUUAAUUAAAGUUCAAAUUUGUAAAAUUCCUAUAUUGGCAGAACAUGAGUCCUUUUUACGACAAAAAAUUUGCUUAAUGACACUAAUUGAAACAGUCUUUGUUAAAAAUAUCAGGAUGCUGUCAUUUGAAGAUAUAUCUGAGGCAACUCAUUUAUCAAAGGAUAAUGUAGAACAUCUUGUUAUGAGAGCCAUAAGUUUGCGUCUGCUAAAGGGCUCCAUUGAUCAAGUAAACGAGUUAGUUACAAUCUCAUGGGUCCAGCCAAGGAUAAUAAGUGGUGACCAAAUUACAAAAAUGAAAGGUAGACUGGUUGAGUGGGAUAAUCAAGUAGAGAAACUAGGUGAAAAGAUGGAAGCUCAUGGUCGAUCCAUCUGGGUUUAG